UCGGUUCUGUCUAUUUUUCACAUGCUUGCAUGUACGCAUACAUCUUCACUCACCUUUUAUCGUUCACCGUGCUUUCAAAUUGCAGGAUGCAAUGAGCUCUGCAUCAACCAUCACCCAAACCUUAAGUGGUGAACUAGCCCACGGCCAGUGCAAUCUCCUAGCUUUCAUGGCAGUUGGAGCAAAUCAGAAAACAAUGAAUCCCUUGGCCACAAAACAAAACGAUGGACCUUUGGGUGGGCUACAUGACAUGGCCAUGACUAUGCAACAGGUUGAGGCACCUUUGGAUCCAAAGAAAGAGAUGGCAAGAUUAAUAUCUGAACAUAAGUAUGAGGAAGCAUUCACUUCAGCCCUUCAAAGAAGCAAUGUCACCAUUGUGUCCUCGUUAUGUUCUCAGGUACGCAAUAUUGUCAUCCUCAUAUUGAAGGGACCGUGCACCAAAUCACCACUGGAUCACUGAUUCAUUGAUGAGUUGGUUCAUUAGGGUAACAGCCAGCAAGGUGAUUUGCAGGCUUUCUAGUCAAUAGCAUC